UUGAGUUGAGACAUUCGUCAAUAAAGCAGAGAUAAGAGGAAGAAGUCCUGCAACUAACUUUGUUAUGCAAAACAGCCUCCAGACCUGGUCGUGUUUAACCGCUGUCCCGCUGCUGCUGCAACAUGCGCACAGUUCCUGACCGUCUUUGGGAAAUAUAGGUUUGUUCCCCGGCGCACACGCCCCUUUGAGUGCAACACACACACACGUUUUACCGCUGAAACACCGUUUGCAUCCAACUCCAAACACAGAGGAGGAAAGCCGCCCUGCUGCUGCUGCACAUGCGGUGAACGUUUGCACACGGACUUCACUGAAACCACAUCAUGUUUGACUAUCUGGAAUUUCAAGCUUUCGGUCCGGGAGAGAUCGUGGACUUUUACACUUCCACAUCCAGCCCUGCGUGCACGCUGCAGGAGCAGGACGAGGAUCUGGCUGCCUUCUUCCCCGAGCUGAUCGAGGCGGACUGGCAGCAGCACCGGUGCUCCCAGUCAGUUGGGAGCCAGAGCUCUAGCUCCAGCUCAGACGACCUGUUCGCCAGCCCCGCCUCCCCGCCGCCGCCUCCUCGCACUUACAAACCCUGCUUUGUGUGUCAAGACAAGUCCUCAGGCUACCAUUAUGGCAUCAGCGCCUGUGAGGGCUGCAAGGGCUUCUUCCGCCGCAGCGUGCAGAAAAACAUGGUGUACACCUGCCACCGAGACCGAAACUGCAUCAUCAACAAGAUCACCAGGAACCGCUGUCAGUACUGUCGACUCCAGAAGUGCUUCGCAGCGGGAAUGUCCAAGGAGUCGGUGAGAAAUGACAGAAACACCAGGAAGGGGAAGAAGGAGGCCGUGAAGAUGACCAUCAUGGAGACGUACGAGCUGACGGCGGAGCUCGGCCUGAUAGUGGAGAAGAUCUGCAUGGCUCACAGAGAGACCUUCCCCUCUCUGUGCCAGCUGGGAAAAUACACCACAAACUCCAGCUCAGACCACAGGAUCCAGCUGGACCUCGGGCUGUGGGACAAGUUCAGCGAGCUCGCCACCAAGUGCAUCAUCAAGGUGGUGGAGUUCGCCAAGCGAGUGCCUGGUUUCACCGGCCUGACCAUCGCCGACCAGAUCACUCUGCUCAAAACUGCCUGCCUGGACAUCCUGAUCCUGAGGAUUUGCACUCGUUACACUCCUGACAAGGACACUAUGACUUUCUCUGACGGGUUGACCCUGACCCGCACUCAGAUCCACAAUGCAGGAUUUGGACCGCUGACAGAUCAGGUCUUCACAUUUGCCGGCCAGCUGCUCCCACUGCAGAUGGACGACACAGAGAGUGGCCUGCUCAGCGCCAUCUGUCUCGUCUCUGGAGACCGACAGGACCUGGAGGAGCCGUCUAAGGUGGAGGUGCUGCAGGAGCCGCUGCUGGAGGCGCUGAAGAUUUAUUCCCGUAAACGGCGGCCCAGCAUGCCCCUCAUGUUCCCCAAAGCCCUCAUGAAGAUCACUGACCUGCGCAGCAUCAGCGCCAAAGGAGCUGAGCGGGUGGUGACCCUGAAGAUGGAGAUCCCAGGCUCCAUGCCCCCUCUGAUCGAGGAGAUGCUGGAGGAUCUGCAGAACCUGGAGAAACACUCAGAGGAGAGAAGAGAGGAGGCAAACACCAGCCAGCACACACACACACCAUCUCCUCACAGUACAUGAACUCUGACUUCUUAACUCUGAAGUCGCUCAAAGAACAGUGGCUCCCGUCUUCUCUCCCAGAGAAAACGCAAACGACAUAAACCACAGAUGCAGUCCAGAGGGUUAAUACUGUCUUACCUCAGUUUCACAGAUUGGCUGGCAGAGACGCCGCUGUGUUGGAAGAAGAGAUUCAGUUGUUACAGCAACGACUACACUGAUGAACAAAGAGCUAAAUUCUGCUUCAAAGGGGGAGAAAGAAAAUGGAUUCGGUUAUGUUUUAAUUUGUGUCACAGUUUCAUUUUUUAAUCCCUGCUGGCAGACACCUCAUAUCCACAGACACAGGUUUCUACUGUAUUUAUAUUUGCAUGAGCUAUCACAUGGAUUCAUUUUAGUUCUAGCGUAGCAAACAUAGUUAACAUGUGGACUUAAAGUGUCCUCUGCAAUACAUAGAUUCCCAUAUGUGUAAUAUGAAAGCUCUGGGCUAAUUGAAGAUAACUGGAGAAACAAAGCAAAUCUAUCUGCUUCAUAACCAGCGUUGACAAACUGACAACUGAGAAAUUGCAGAGAACAGAAAAAUGCUUAGCUUUGAAGAAAAGUGAACAAACCACAGUCAGUGAACCGAACCAAACAAUUCAGAUCAAAUCAGCAAAGUGAUUUGUGAUCACCGCCACAAGUAGAGUCGCUCAGCGGUAGUUUUCUAUAAAAUUUGAUACACUGCUCUGUGGGAUUGUUUGCAGAAAGCAGUGUCCAUGCAGCCCCUUCUCAUUCCCAGAACGUCAAAUAUUGCCACCUUGUCACGCCCCUCGCAUGUCAUCUCAACGCCAAAGGCACCUUGUUGCGUCUUUAUGGGACACACCAGGUUUUCAACUAACUCCACUGUAAACCCAUAUGUGGAAAAAGUUGACACUUAAAGAAAGUGACGUAGUUCAAAGAGCAAGAAAGUCCGUGUAGAGUGGGAGGGAGUGGAGGUGGAUGGGUCAAACAAAACCGGACUUUAAUACAGGAGACCACAGUUUGUGUCCUGUGGGAAUGUAAUUUUAACGCAACAUUACGUAACUUACGUACCUUCGCCCCAUGUGAAACCAACAGCCAGUGUUGUUUUUACAUAUCGUGACACAAUUUAGGUACACGAGUUGCUGAUAUCUGUAACGUGAUAUAUUUAAGUUACAAUACAUAAAAGACAUACUUAUUUUAACCUAAAACAUGAUCUGUUAUGUUGUCUGAAUCUAACCUUGGCUGGUUCACAACAUGUUACAGUGUGUUCUAGCUCUGAGUCACAUGAUGCCAAGGGUUGUAACAAAGUGCCUGUAAUUGACGCCUGAGAAUGAGAACAGGUUGGUACGUGCCAUGCACACAGGUUUUUUUUAUUCCACCUACGCAUGUUUUUUGAAAGCACUGUAUAAUGCAUUAAAUUCACACUUACACUGUAAUGAAAUGACAGAGGGUAAAUAUUGAGCACUGUAUAGUAAAUUGGGAGUGAUUUCGGACACAGCCUGGGAGCACUUUUUGCUUAGCAACCACACAGUGACUCCCGGAAGUUGUAGCGCCCAAUCAAGAAAUAGUCCCCCGUAAAACCUCAAAUUACUGUUUUAACACUUCGUUUUGUACGAGGUUUUGUACAAAGAGCAAAUAAGACAUUGCAUGUUUAUCGGUGAGCUCUAGAGUUACUGAUUGGUGGAUUUUGUUACCUUCAGACAGAACCAUGCUAGCUGUUUCCCUCUGUUUCCAGUCUUUAUGCUAAGCUAAGCUAACCGCUGCUGUCUCCAGCUCAGAGACAUGAGGGUGGUAUCCAUCCACUCAGCCAACUCUCAGCAAGGCGUUAUUGCACAGUGGGUGUCGGAGUCAAACUUUUUAAAGGAACAGUGUGUGAGGUUUAGGGGGAUUUAGUGGCAUCAAGCAGUGAGAUGUUGGUGAAGAUUCUCAAUCAUCCAGGUCAUGGUAGCUCUGAGUACUACAAUAUAUUGUAGGGCAAUUGAACUUGGUUGAGUUUCUUGAUGAUGUUUCACCUCUCAUCCAAGAGUCUUGCUCAGUUCAGAACUGAAGAAGCUUCUUGGAUGGGAGGUCAAACAUCUUCAAGAACCUCAAGCAAGCCCAAUUGCCUAUAAUAUAUUACUUACAACAAGCAGUGAAGAUUGCAGAUUGCAACCAAGUGUUUAUUGUUCUGGGCGUUUUUAUCAUGAGCCGAAUCAUCUGCAGAGGUCUCUUCCUCUCCAGAACAAACAGACCAGGUGAUUAAAACCAGUAGAAACACCUAAUACAGCAGUUUCACUUUACAAAUCAGU